CAGUUUAGCACACUUUGGCGUUGUCGAAUCCCACAAAAGAAUAGACAAGCAACCGGUGGAGCAAACAAGAGCAAAACUGUUACAUUGAAACGUUCUAACAAUGGGUCAUCGCGACAUUGUCAAUUCUUGUGUGUAAGGAUUAAAUUUAAAGAGACACGCACACACAGUCGGAGGAGUAAGGAAACAAAGCGUAUGUGGAUUUUGUUUAAAGCAGCUGAGUGUGCAUAUUUUUGGAUAUGGUUACACCGAAAGGAAAUUGGGAAAACCGUCUGAAUAAUGAGGAACAAAUAGCGGCAAUGUGCGGCGAUCUUUGUCGCGGCUUCGCGUCGCGCGUUUAACCUGUAAUUUACGAUCGGAAACGAAGUUUUAAGAUGGAACGGGAAAGUUGCGUUAAACCCGACGAUGUCAUAGAUUUAAAGGAAAGUCAGUAACCGAGCAAAUGUAGUUAAACAAUUUGCAUUGGUAAACGCAAUGUAACGAUGACAAUUUACGAAGCUAUAACUUAUAUUGAUUCUGCUUUGGACGCAUAACUAUGUAUGCAUGUGUGUUCAGUUAUUCGUUGAUAUAUUCGGUGACCUCUGAUAUGGAUAAUCAUAAAGCUGCCAAUGGCAUAAGAUAAAUAUUCCCGAAGGGCUGUUCACGCCGAACGCGUGUUUACGUUCGUCUUUUCAAUGUAAACGUGCUCGUUUGAUGGACGCUGCUUUUUUCGGCGCCGCAUUUUUAUAUGUCGAGUCCAGGAAAAAAAACAGCAACUUCAAAACAAAACGCGUAUACACUUGCGUUCUUUUUUGGAACGCGUUCGGUCUGAACGCCCCCCUAAAGUUUAUUGCGAUUUCUCGGAGUUCUUGGGAACGAAAUUGUCUUGGGAACAUACGUGGUUGCAGUUCAGCUGAUCGUUGAUGGCAAGCGAAUGUUACUGGAAUUGCACUUCGUCGGCUGGUUUACCGUUUACAGCAUCGCCAAGAAGAUACUGGCGGGACGCAGAAGUGUCUUGUGUCUUUGGACUUGGACUGUUUUGGGUAUUCGGGUCUUAUCUUUGAACGUGGGAUAUAAACGGUACAGUGUUGUAGUUUUUCUUCUGGAUUUGACCGCAUCUUGUGUCAUAUAAGCCACUGUGAGGGUUGAGCGGACAGGCAUGCAGUUGAAUCGACCUAAGAGCGCUCAUAUGAUCACCUCCAGUCCACACAAUUCGUCCUAUUCCAGCCAGUUCAAAACCAUGCGCUUCUCGUACCACAUCGGCAGCGGUUUGCAGAGUCCUCAGCCUGCCCUGCGCAGAACAGGCCUUUCUGCAUCCAGUCCGCAGCUUCUAACCGAGAGUCUGUCAUUUGACUCAGGCCCCUGUCUCGGAUCCCACGAGACCCCACAGCGCCUCUGCUCUGACCCUGGACCCCUGGAAUCACAGCACUGCAAUGGCACAAUUGAGAACGGACCGCAAGAUGUCCCGCCUCCACCUCCCAAAACACGCCCACCUUUACCUGGGCCAAAGCCUCAAGUGCCCCCGAAACCACCUCAUCUACAGCAGCAGAGCUCUCGACGGUCACACCCCCCAGACAAACCCCUCCCCCCACCACCCUGCCGUCCACUCCCCGCUGACCCUCGCCAAUCACGUGGCACUUUACCAAGAGCAGAGGGAAGCUCCUCCCCAACUUGUGUCCUCUCGCUCAUCGAGAAGUUUGAGAGGGAGCAGAUCAUUGUGGUGCCAGAUAUCACCGGGGGAGUGAUGUGCACCCCACGAGUCCCCGAAACGCAGGCAGCUGCUGGGGCAGUUAGCCCCCCACCCUCCGAGUUCAUCUUACCUUGCACAUCCCUUGAAGCUCCACUAGAGGCGCCGCUGGCAGAAGCAGAGGUAGAGAAAGAAGAAAAGGACAAAACAGAGGUGUACGAAACCGAGGAAGACAACAGCGAACUCGGAGCGUCUUGCUCAGAGAAGCGUCUCUCUAUGGAAUCAGGCUAUGGCGCCUGUGAUAAACUGUUGGACACUAUGGAAAUGAGGGACCUUAUGGCCAACCAAUCAGAAAUCCCCUCUGACCGCUUGUCCCUCCCACCAUCCCAGAUGGAUGGGAAGCUGGCCAAUAGGGAUAGUGGUAUUGACAGCAUCAGUUCGCCCUCGCACAGUGAGGAGCUGUGCUUUGUUGGGGAUGAGGACCGAAUCGGUCAUGAGAGGGACAUUUGCCCAUGCAGUCCGGGGCCCGGCCUCUCUUGCGGCUAUGCUGAGGGGCCUGAAGGAGAGGGGGCCAGCGGUGUAGAGGGUGGCAGAGACUCAGAGGGGGACAGUGAUAUGGAGGAAGGCAGCGGGGAUGAAAGUGAAAUGAAUCCGAUGGCUCUACAACCUCUCCCUAAAGUUGAGAGACAAGACUCCACUGAGCUUUCAGUCCAGCAGCGAGUGUUUAACAUUGCUAAUGAGCUGCUGCAUACAGAAAAGGCUUACGUGUCCAGACUGCACCUCCUGGAUCAGGUGUUCUGCGCUCAGCUGAUGGAGGAGGCUCGAACCCGCAACUUUUUCCCCUGUGAGGUGGUCAUGGGCAUCUUCUCCAACAUCUGCUCCAUAUACUGCUUCCACCAGCAGUUCCUGCUGCCUGCUCUGGAGAAACGCAUGGAGGAGUGGGAUCUGAACCCCCGCAUCGGGGAUAUCCUGCAGAAGCUGGCCCCUUUCCUGAAGAUGUACGGAGAGUAUGUCAAAAACUUUGACAGAGCUAUGGAGCUGGUGAAUACAUGGAUGCAACGCUCCUCUCAAUUCAAAGCCAUCAUUCAUAACAUCCAGAAAGAGGAGAUGUGUGGGAAUCUUACCCUGCAGCACCACAUGUUGGAGCCUGUGCAGCGAAUCCCACGUUACGAGCUGCUGCUCAAAGACUAUCUUCACCGUCUGCCAGAGGACGCGGACGACUUCAAAGAUGCGCAGAAAUCUCUGGAGCUAAUUGCCACUGCGGCAGAACAUUCAAAUGCUGCCAUCAGGAAAAUGGAGCGCAUGAGAAAGCUGUUGAAGGUGUACGAGUUGCUCGGUGGAGAAGAGGACAUCGUUAACCCAACUAAUGAACUGAUUAAAGAGGGACACAUCCUGAAACUGUCAGCCAAGAAUGGCACUUCACAGGAUCGAUACCUCAUUCUGUUCAACGACAGGUUAUUGUACUGUGUUCCCAAACUGAGGCUGAUAGGACAGAAGUUUGGUGUCCGAGCACGGAUUGACGUCGACGGCAUGGAGCUGAAAGAGACCAGCAGCAUGAAUGUACCGCGGACGUUCCUGGUGUCUGGAAAACAACGUUCACUAGAGCUACAAGCAAGGACGGAGGAAGAGAAGAGAGACUGGAUUCAGGCAGUCCAGGCCACUAUACAGAGACAUGAACAAACCUUCCGUAUGAUGAACUGCUCAUUCCGUGAGGAGGACUUCACUCCUCCAAACUCUCCGAAUUGCACAGAGCUUGGAAAGCGAGCGCCCACUCCGAUCCGAGAGAAAGAGGUCACACUGUGUAUGAAGUGUCAGGAGCCAUUCAACUCUAUUACCAAACGACGACAUCACUGCAAAGCCUGCGGACAUGUGGUGUGUGGAAAGUGUUCGGAGUUCCGCGCUCGUCUGUUGUACGAUAACAACCGAGCCAACCGUGUGUGCAUAGACUGCUAUACGACGCUGGUAGGAGUCCCGCCGUCUCCGGCCAGUCUGACCAAUAGCACACAGAGGCGCCGCUCCAUUUUAGAGAAACAGGCCUCUGUGGCAGCUGAAAACAGUGUGCUGUGUAGUUUCCUGCAACACAUGGAGAAGGGAAGUGGACGUGGAUGGCAGAAGGCCUGGUUUGUCAUCCCUGAAAAUGAACCACUGGUGUUGUAUAUCUAUGGUGCUCCACAGGAUGUCAAAGCUCAGCGCAGUAUUCCCCUGAUUGGAUUCGAGGUAUCUCUACCUGAAUCAAGUGACCGUCUCGAACGUCGCUACGCCUUCAAAAUGAGCCAGAGUCAUUUGACCGUUUACUUCAGUGCCGACAAUGAGGAGCUACAGCGACGCUGGAUGGAGGUUUUAUCAAGAGCUGGGAGGGGAGAGGAGUUGCAGUCAAAUGGUCCAAUUUCUGAGACCCUUGAGGAAGAGGGGGAGGAGCCAGUGCCUGCAGGAGAAAGCACAUGAUUGGCUUAAAAAUGCUAUAUCAUUUUGCACACACAAACUGUACAAAUGUGACCACAGCAACAGGAUAUAGUAGACAAGAACACACACAUUUAACUUCUCUCUUACACACAUCUGUAUUAAUUGUCAGUUGUAAGUUGCAUGAAAAACUCUACAGGUACGUUUCAAUGUGUAUUGCUUGUGUGAGUGGCCAGUGUUCGGAACAACCUGACGAAAGUGUGCACACUUUAAAGAAAACGUAUCAAAGGAUACGUGAUUAUGUGUUUCAUAUUGAGUAUCCACUUUUUCGACCGCUAGCAGUUUCUGUGUUAAAUCGACCAUUUCUGCCAAAUGUUGAGGUGUUGUGAAAAGGUUUCUCGACCGAGGAUUCUAACUCUGCAAAAGAAGACCUGUAGGCUUUGUUUUAGCAAAAUGACAUGGUUUUAUUGAUGUCAGUACGGUGAGGUGACUGGUGGAGUGACUGUGCUUGAAUGUUUGGUCUGGUUUCAUGAAAAGUUCAGGUUAUACAAAGAAUCAUAAGUCAAAAACACAUCUAGGUCACAUUUCACCUCAAAAUCAAAACAAAAUAAAUAAAUACUUUUUGCAUUGGAAAUUAAGUACCAUUAUAUUUUUUUGCAUGCGUCCAGACUUGCGUUUUAUUUGUAAUUCUUAUUGUCAUUAGAUUCUCAUUAGUGUAAUACUGUAAAAAAACAAAAAUUUAAUCUGCAUAAAUUAAAGGCAGAGCUACAAAUAUUAUCAUGAUGUAUAAAUACUUUACAAUUUAAAUAAUUGUAUUUUUUAUUCAGUAAUGAGAAUUAGAAUUCUUUUUUUUUUUUUUUUUUUUUUUUUGCACAGAAAAAAAAUAUGCUUAAUUGUUAAAUCACUUUCUCCCAGCUUAGUAUGCAGAGACAAUUAUAAAUAAAUCAUUUAUUGGUUGAUUUCCCUGAAAAGUGUAAACACUGUGGAUCUAUGCCACUUCCAGUUUUGCCGUGUUUGUAUGAGCGACAGCAACACUGGCUCAACCAAUGGUGUAAGUUUAGGGUGAGGCUAUCUUAUUGAUUCAGCCAAAGGCAGAUGAAGGUGUAUUGGGAAAGCUGUUUGAAAUCAAUGUUUAUUUUUGCAAUUCAGUUUGGUGACGCUAGUAGUGCAGAAAUUACACUUCUGCUUUAAAUAGGCUUUGUUUUUAGGCAAAAUUUUAUUUCUUGUUUAUUUCUUUUGAUUUUGAGGUGAUAUAUGAUUAGGACAUGUUCUUGACAGAUUUUGUGAGAUACACCCAGCAACCCCCAGCUUACACAAUCAGAAGCAGUUAAAAGAGAGACAGAUAUUUAUUUAUGAUUUGGUUUGUUCAUUUUAAAUUGAGGAAAACUAGGUGAACUAUGAAUUCAGCCUAUAUUUACGGCAAUAAUUCCUUGGUAAGAGGAUCAAAACCUGGAUUUUAAAUUUCCAUUACAUAUAAAACAAUGUGAGAAAAUAAUUGUUAAAAGAUGGGCCACAUGGAUUAUUGUUCAGCUAUGCAAGCCUGUGUUUAUCAUAGAAAUGCAGUGGUUAUUCAUAGUAUGUCUGAUUAUGUGUGGUAAUCAGGAACUGAGUUGGAGGAAAACCGAACGUUUUAUGAUCCGCUUAUAACAGAAAUAUCAGGCUCUAGAAAGUGAACUUCCUGUUAACACUUGGAAGACAAAACCAAAUGCACUCUGCCACCUAGUGGGCCCUCUUUGAGUGUGCAUGAAUGUGCAUUUGUGCACAAUGGUUUUAUGAAUGCAGGGAUGUUUGGGGUAUUUGAUAAGACUGCAGAUAUAUGAAGAUUUUAGGUAUGAAUGGGGCUAGUUUUUAUCAUUGUAAAUCCAGUGAUAUUCCUGCCUUAUUUAGAGGGGUUUUGAUAAAUAUAGAGUAUAUAUAUAAGUAAAUAAAACAUGAUAAAAGUUUUGAUGAGGCUAUCAAACAUUUUCAGCAGUGUUGUAUUUGUGCAUGAAAAGUGCAAGCGGUUUAAGGCCAGCUUAAUUUGUAAAUAUAACUUAUUCCUCUGAGCCCAGUUUUGUGGGUUAGGUAUUGUUGAUGAGCUUGUCUUUUUUUUAAUCUUUGUUAUGUGCCGUUUUAAAUGGACUUCAGAGCAUUGUGGUACAUUUUGGGUUAAGAAAAGCUUAGGAAAAGUUUUCUCUCUUUUUUUUUUACCACUUAUUCCAGAAGUAGAUAUUCAGUGUUUUAGAAAGAGGCUCAUUUCAUUUCCUCUUGUGAAUCCAGUUUCCAAAAUGUAUUUGCCAAUGUGAACGCCUGAUGGCUCAUUCAGAACUGCUUUAAGUUUUUGUGUUUUGAUAUUGCUUUAAUCUUGUUCUUUGUUGUCAAAAACAUUGCUUGAUGAAAAGGAAAGGGGAACCAGUUAGUGUGUUUCCCCAAUCCACCAGCCUCCAGCCUGUCUGCUUGAAUAAUAAGGGAUAGUUCAUCCAAAAUGACUUUAUGAUGGGGAGUGAACUAUCCCUUUAAGAUGCAAGAAAGCUGUGACUUUUGCUGAUUUUUACCCCGACUGUUUAUGGCAGAGUAUGGUUUAGGAGAGUUGAUGGUUAUGGGACAGGGCUGCGUGUUAAUUUACAUGUUUACGAUUGGUACUGGUGAUUCCGGGACCUCAGUUGAGCCUGCCUGUCACUCGCACGUACAUAUUCUCAUCUGCCUGCUUCUCUCGGUAUUAUUGUUCUUGAUAUCCUGCCUUACGAUAUUUUGCGCCCCUGUGGUUAUCUACGGAUUAUUUUUCACAAUUGCUUUUUGCCAAAGUAUACUGCAGAAAAUGUGUAUUAGAGAUUGAAAUGUCAUUUUCUGUGUGUGUUUUGUUUUGUCUUUGAUCACGUUUUUAUCUGGUUAUUUGUUUGUUUCCUUUCUCUUUUUUACUAUGAGUAUUUAUUGUGGUUUUGAUUUUUUUUUACUCCUUGAGGUAACUUUAAAGAGGCUUGUGAAAAUAUGUGUGGUAUCAAAAGUUGAACACAACCAAAAUACAAAUACUUUUUUUUUUUUUUAAAGCUUUUUUUUUUUUGAGAACAUAAGUUAUGGUGUCUGUUCACUCUCAGGCUGCAAAAAAAAAAAAAAUCUUUCUGAGUAUUUUGUCUUGUUUUUCUGUAAAAAUAUCCAAACAUUCUUGAAACAAGGUAAAUUUACUCGAGACACAAAAUGACAAGAUAUUUUGUCUUAUUUUAUUAGAAAUCUAACAAAAUUUAGUAAUUAUGCUUAUAACAAGAAAAAACUUUUUGCCAGUGGAAAAGAAGAAAAACUUCAUUCAAAGGCAAAACUAGUUAAUUUUUUCUAGUUUUAUCCAAAUACUCAACUAAAUGUUUAGAUUUCUCUAAAAACAAGACUUAAUAUCACAUCAUUCUGCUUCUUAAGUAAUUUUUUCUUGUUUAAAGGAUGUUUAGAUCAUUUUUUUAAUGCAAAAUAAGACAAAAGUACUGUUUCUGUAGUAUCACAACAGUUGGAAGUUAAUCCAUGAGAUUUGAUUUGUGAUCUUUCAACUGAAGCCUCAGCAAUCAUACAUUUCUAUUCUACAUUAUUCAGUCAACUAAAUUAUUUGUAAACUACAUUUAAAGGUAAAUAAUUAUUUAAGAUCCCACCAACUACAUACUCAAACAACAGAGAAAUACACUGUAGUUCAUUUUAGCAAAAAUCUUUGAUUGAAAUUGAAGUGAAGAAUUCCGAAACAGAGAUGCUAUUUUGUUUGUUUGAUCAAGGGAACAGCUUUGUGCUUAUAAACAACACAAUGACAUCAUGAUGGGAUCAGGAAUUCAGUUUUCAUGCAUAUCGCUGUACCUGAAUAAAUGGGCUAUACAAGGUAAUCAAAGCUUCUAAUGUAUGCAGGAGUAGCACAAAGGACCUCUUUUGAGAAUGACUCUUUUUACAUGGCUAUCUGGCAAAAUAUGAGCAAGGAUCAUUUGGGAGAAACCAUAGUGCAGAGCAGACAAUUAAAUGUUAGUUUGUAUAUAUUAGCUUUGCAAAUGUUUAUGCUCAAAUCUAUCAAGAGUACAUGAAUAGCACAGUCUGAUGAUGACCUGUUCCUACAGCUGGGAUUUUGACUUGUUAUAGUGUAAAAAUUUUGCUCAUUUUUAUACCCUUGUCUGAUUGCACCAAAUUCAAUCCUGUCAUGAGGACCUACUUUGAUACAAUCCAAACUCAAAACCUAUUUAUUAUAAACCAAAGUUUGAUCAAGCAGGUUUCUAUAUCUCUUUUAUAUGGACACAUGCGUAAUGGAGAUAAGGAAAGAAAUGUGCAAAUUCUGAGUGCAAACGUUUGUUUUUGCACAUAGAUGUUAAUGAUUACCUGCAGUGACCCUGGUUGUGAUUUACCAUCCCCUCUCGUCUCCUGUCUGGCAUAAUCACUGCCUGCCAAACCCGAGGUACUGGAACAAACACCUCUGACCUGUAUCUGUUUUUAACGCUGACUCCUCUUGUGAUGUAUGUCUGCAACGAAUCAGCAAAAGUGGGAUUUGUAAAACAUUGCCAGAACUUUUCAAGAAAGAAGUUGAGACUCUGUAAUUUUGUUCAGAAACACUCUCAGACGAACAUGAAUUGACUGCAUUAUGAGCUUUGAUAUGAUUGUUUCAACAAGCCAAA